GUGUAAGAAAUGAGGAUUUUCCAUCAAUUGUUGUUUCUCGUCUACGUAGAAUGUACCGCCCGUCAAAAAAACGUUAACGACUAUCCUGAGGGAAGAAGCGCGCAUAGCAAGUGGCGAGGUUAAAGAAGUUGAAAAGUUGAAGGAACUCAUGAAGGGAUCGUUCGAUCCAGGGGAAGUUCAGAGACUGGAGGAUGAAGUGAGGCAGUGCGAAAAAGAGGAAGCUUUACGAAAAAUUGAGGAGAAACACCUGUCAGGUUUAAUUAGUUACGAGGAAUCACUUUUGGCGAAACGGCAGCUCAUCGACGAGGCGAGGGAACAAGGAAACGCGGUUCGUUUAGAGAAGGAAGAACUGAACGCAAAACUGGAGAAAUACAGGGUUGAAGAGGUAGAGAAACUCAAACGGAUCGUCGAAAAAUGUCACGACAACGAACGAGCAGUAAAACAUUCCUACGCCUUGAUGGUCGACGAGAAACGUCAGAAGGCUGCCGAGACAGCAGAGGAAUCGCGUAGGAUUAAACUGUAUCUGAUGAACCAGAAGGAGGAAGAAUUACGACGAAAACUUCAGUUGAUCAAGGAGAUUAAAACACUUCAGGCUAUUCAAGGGCUGCAUACAAAGGAGUUCGAUCCAACGGAAAAGAGCAAGCUAGGAUUGAUGUGCGAAAUGUCUUUGGCAGAGUUGAAAGAGAAGUUGCUUCGCGCAAAAGAAAAAUGGAGGGAUGAAUUAAUCGCUCGAAAAGACGCGGUGAGGGAGCGUCGUCAGAGGCAAAAAGAUCUCGUCGAAAGUGCGGAGAAAAGAAUCAGCGAAUACCGAGUCUUAAAACAGAUCUCAUCGCCUCCUGCGUCUGGCGAACAUAAUUCGAACAUCGCGUUGCAAACACCGCAGAUUCAGGCUCUUCGACGGAAACUCGAGGAUCGCAGGAUGCGGAGGCUCCAAACAACAAAAUCAUCGAGUAACAACCGUCCUCUUCAAGUCAAAGCUAACGAUUAGCUCUGCGCAAUAAUGCUUUUCGUCGAAGUUUGAUAGGUAAGAACGGAUCACUUGGGACUCAUGAGAACUUGGGCUGCAUAAGAUAUGCGUGUACUUGUACGCCAGGGAGAAAAUUAUACAAACGGCUUUUUCUUACGACCAUCGCGUCCAUUGCGUGAAGGGCUUACAAUUAGAUCGAAAUGUGAUGUGCACCGAUUGUAUACCGCUAACGUGAAUAAUCGAGCGUUAUUGUGUUGACAUUGAACGUGAAAUAAAUUGGUCGAGAUUAUGGGAUAUUGAAAUGGCAUUAAUAAAAUAAAUGGACUGCAGUCGGUCGUAUCUUUUCA